CCGGUUUUUUCACCCGCCUCGCGGAGCCGCCGCGCCGAUCCCGCGGUUUUUCCAACGGGGAUCGCGGACCCCUCCGUGUACCCGCCGCCAGCGUUUGCCUGGCCCUCGUCGCCCCUCAUCCAUCGGCGCCCGCCGUGCCCAAAUCCGCCCGUGAAUUCCGCGCGAGGAGAUCCAGAUGGAGGCGGACUCCGUCGUCGAUGAAGCCCGUGCCAAGGCCGUCUCGGCUGUCAAUGACCUCCCGCGGGGCCGCCGGCCCGAGGAGAUCCGGAUAGAGGCGGACUCCAUCGCCGAGGAGGUUCGUGCUUCACCGUGCGCCUCGGCGACGUCGCGGCGGCCGAGAUGCUCGUGGCGAUCCAGCCAUGGCAGCAGCAACAGCAGGCGGCGGCGAUUGUGGAGGGCCCCUCGCCGCGCUGCUGAAGCGGUGCGGCGGCGCCUUGCCGUUUCUCCAGGCGACCGUCGGCAUCUCGUCUGCCGGUCAGGCCUAUUCCGUGACCCGUCCGUGGUGAGCAAGGUCUGGGCGAUGGCGACGACCGCUUGGGCUGAUGUGGAGGUCAAGGAGAGGGCGGCCAGGGAGGCGAAGACGAAGGCGGAGGUGGAAGGCAGCGGCUGGCACGGAGAAGGCGGCCAAGGCUGUGGCGGCGGCGGACAAGCCAGAGAGCUCGGCGGAGAAGGACAGCAGAGGUGCAUAAGAAGGAGGGCAACAUGAGACGU